AUGCCGACGAACCGCUUUUCAGGGACUGGAUACAGAGUACUCAUAAGAACCGCUGGCAGUUCUUGCGACACUUUGUGCAGAUCUACUUUCGUACCUGGGGCUACGGAGCUCGAUCGGCGCCGACUGCGGCUCCUGCUGAUUCAGCCGCGCCGGCUGAUACCGCUGCGCACUGGGCUGGAGCUUUUCGCAGUCUGCACGAACGUGUGCGAAGCUGGGACCCGGCAAGCGCAGCAGCUUCGCCGCUCUGGAAAGAGCAGUGGAAACAAGUGGCAGCUUGGAUACCAGCUGGAGCACCAAGAACAGGGGCACCAGCUGAGGCGCCCGGAGAAACACAGUCUCUCGAGCAAGCCGUUCAGUCUCGCAUCCGGGCGUUACGAGAAAGCAUUCAAGCUUUUCGAGCUGGCUACGAAAAAGGGCUCAAUGAGGGCCCUUUUUUCAACGAACGCUCCACUGAUGGAACGACGGAUACCACGACACCGCCCGAGUCGGAUGUGGUAUCCGUUGGCACGGAUUCCGCCGGUACGGGGCUUCAGUCCAAGAGCGCGCCGCAAAGCGAAGACGAAUGGCCUCGUGCACGUUGAGCGACCUGCUUCCGAAUCUUGUGCAGAGCAGGGCACACAUGCUGCGAACACGCUCAUGCAGCCAUGGUGA